UGUUAAGUUGUCAAUAUAAUUCCGGGUUAGCGCCAGUGCUCGUCUAGCCGCUAGCUUAGCUGUGUCGUGUCGCGGUUGUUAUUGUUGAAAUAGUCAUGUCUCUGGAGAUUGAAUCCGCCGACGUGAUCCGACUGAUCAUGCAAUACCUGAAGGAAAACAACCUGCACAGGUCACUGGCGACCCUCCAAGAGGAGACCACCGUAUCUCUAAACACCGUGGACAGCAUUGACAGCUUUGUUGCAGAUAUCAACAGCGGCCAUUGGGACACUGUUCUCCAAGCCAUCCAGUCCCUCAAGCUGCCUGAUAAGACCCUCAUAGACCUUUAUGAACAGGUGGUGUUGGAGCUCAUUGAGCUGAGAGAGUUGGGUGCAGCUCGUUCUCUCCUCAGGCAAACAGACCCAAUGAUCAUGUUGAAACAGACUCAUCCUGAGAGGUACAUUCAUCUGGAGAACCUGCUGGCUCGCUCCUACUUUGAUCCCCGGGAGGCAUAUCCUGAUGGCAGCAGUAAAGAGAAACGGCGGGCGGCCAUUGCGCAUGCUUUGGCGGGAGAGGUCAGCGUGGUGCCACCUUCGCGUCUUAUGGCUCUGCUAGGCCAGUCUCUCAAGUGGCAGCAGCAUCAGGGUCUUCUUCCUCCUGGAAUGACCAUCGAUUUGUUCAGGGGUAAAGCAGCCGUCAAAGACGUAGAAGAAGAACGUUUCCCCACCCAGCUCAGCAGACACAUCAAGUUUGGACAGAAAUCCCAUGUAGAAUGUUCCAGAUUCUCCCCUGAUGGUCAGUACUUGGUCACAGGCUCUGUGGACGGCUUCAUUGAGGUUUGGAACUUCACCACAGGCAAAAUCAGAAAGGAUCUCAAGUACCAGGCUCAGGACAACUUGAUGAUGAUGGACGAUGCAGUGUUGUGCAUGUGCUUCAGUCGGGACACGGAGAUGUUGGCCACAGGGGCUCAAGAUGGAAAGAUCAAGGUGUGGAAGAUCGGGAGCGGUCAGUGUCUGAGGAGGUUCGAACGUGCGCACAGCAAAGGUGUCACGUGCCUCACCUUUUGUAAAGACAGCAGCCAGAUCCUCAGUGCCUCCUUUGACCAGACCAUCAGGAUCCACGGGCUGAAGUCGGGCAAGUUGCUGAAGGAGUUCCGCGGUCACUCCUCAUUUGUCAACGAGGCCACGUUCACCCCCGACGGUCACCACAUCCUCAGCGCCUCCUCUGAUGGCACCGUCAAGGUGUGGAACCUGAAGACCACCGAGUGCAGCAGCACCUUCAAACCCCUCGGCUCGUCCGCAGGCACUGACAUCACUGUCAACAACGUCCACCUGCUGCCCAAGAACCCAGAGCACUUUGUGGUGUGCAACCGCUCCAACACGGUGGUCAUCAUGAACAUGCAGGGACAGAUCGUGAGGAGCUUCAGCUCUGGCAAGAGGGAAGGCGGCGACUUUGUGUGCUGCACGCUGUCUCCUCGCGGCGAGUGGAUCUACUGCGUGGGCGAAGACUUUGUGCUCUACUGCUUCAGCACCGUCACCGGCAAGCUGGAGAGAACGCUGACGGUGCACGAGAAGGACGUGAUCGGCAUCGCCCACCACCCCCACCAGAACCUCAUCAGCACCUACAGCGAGGACGGCCUGCUGAAGCUGUGGAAGCCGUGAGACCUCGUGACCCACUUCUUCACGUGACGACAACACCCUGGGAAACAGAAGACAACUUUUGCCUCACCUUGACGGAGUAGAGAGAGAGUUCAGCAGGUGUCAUCUUCCUCUUCUGCUCUUCUUCUCAUUCAUGUUACAGUCAGACAUCAACCCGGGACUUCCAAGAUUACUCUUUUUGUAAAUAUUUUUUAGGACUUUUUUUUCCAUCCCCCAAGAACACCUGGUCCGUCACAGCAACGUAGAAAUGAAAGAUGCAUUUCCAGCAGUGGGUUUAUUUAGCACCGACAUCCCUCAUUAUGUUUUUUUAUUAACAAUGGACCAUCAAAAUGUCAGUGACUGACAGGAAGUUGACUCCCCUGAAGUGUCUUUUUUUUAUCGCAUGUGUGAUUAAAACUGCUUAACCAGAA